AGCCCAUCCAUGGCGGCCGCCAAGCAGGAGAAGGAGGUCCUCUCGUCGGUAGUAGGCGAAAUCCGGUGCUACGUUGGCUCCGACCCCCUCCGCCCAUGGCUCCGGGGGAUGCAGAGGAUGGAGAAGGCGUUGCUGCCGGCGACAUUGCGGGAGAAGCUGCCAAGAUUCCUCCAGAAGUGCACCGAGGAGUUCCAGGACGACGCUCGCUACCGCGACGACUCCCGAUACCUCCGCGUUUGGAUCCAGUUGAUGGACUAUGUGAAGGAUGCAAAGCCUUUGCUCAAGAAGAUGGAGAGGAACAGAAUAGGACUCAAGAGAGCUUCGUUUUAUAUGGCCUAUGCAUUAUAUUAUGAGAAGCACAGGAGGUUUGAGGCCGCAGAUAAGAUGUACCGUUCGGGAAUCCAGAACCUUGCAGAGCCUAUUGGGGAGUUGCACAAAGCACAUGAACAGUUUAUUCGUCGCAUGCGCAUGGAAUCACACAAGAGGAGGAAAGAUAAACUGCAGGAAAGAAUGCCUAGGAAAUCCCGGUCAAGUGCUACAUUUAUGAACCAAGUUGAAGGUGAAAGCAGAAACUGUAAAGAACUGAAAUCCAAUACAGUGCAAAAGUCAGGAAGCAGUUCAAAUCCUUCAUUAGGUUCUUAUCCUCCAUUAGGGCCUGCUAAAGUAGGUAUGCUAUCCAGAGGCAACUGUAACAAGAAUUUGUAUCGUUGUAACAGCGAUGAUACUGUAGUUGUACGGUUUGUAGACUCUGCAUUUGUUGGGAAGUCAGAAACUGAAGAUGCCUGCCAUCAUGGCUUCGUCGAACCAACUAUAAACACUAAGGAGGCUAUCGAUGCUAUCAAUAGCAUGUUUUUGGAGCCACUGGAACCGGAGACAAUGUUCAAGAGACGGUCAAAGAGUGAAAAAACAAAUUAUAAUCAGCAGACAAGCGCAUUUGAUAUCUUUGUUGAUGAAGAUGCGCCUAACGGUAAUGAUCCAAACAUGCUUCACAACAAUAGCACGAAGCAAGACCAUCCAAAGUUCAGUCAGCAGGCAAGAGGUUUUGAGAUCUUUGUUGAUGAGGAUGGUCCUAUUGGUAGAGAUAUGUUGAGAGCUGGAACCUCUCGGGUGAUUCAGGGCGCAGGAUCUGGCAACGAUACUGCUGCUGCUGGAGUUGUGGCUGACAUUGGCUUAAAUGUUGGCUCAAGACUUGAGAUCGUACACAUUCUGUUCCUUUCUGAUUAA